AUGAUAACCUUUUCAUCUUCAUCAUUUUCUUAUCUCUGUGGCAAUCGUGCAAUCAUUCUCUGGUCUAGAUUUCGAUCCCCUUCACUUGUUCUCCACUCUCACAACAUCAGUCUUUCCAGAAUCAAUCGUGCAGUGAAUUCAGGUGCAGAAAUGGCGGAUCUUUUGAACAAGUCGCAGCAAUUGGGAACAGAAAAGUAUCCCCGGAAAUCGGAGAAAUGGAUUCAAUAUGGUACAGCUGGAUUCCGAACCAAGGCAGAAGAACUAACCCAUGUCUUGUAUCGGAUGGGAAUUCUAGCAGCCUUUAGAUCCAUGCAGAAAAAUGCAAUUAUUGGUGUUAUGAUCACUGCCUCACACAAUGAUGAACCUGAUAAUGGAGUCAAGCUAGUUGAUCCCCAUGGUGAAAUGCUUGAAGCAUCUUGGGAGGUAAUUGCUACAAAAUUAGCCAAUGCAAAAAAUGAAGACCUGGAAUCAACAAUGAGCCAAAUUUUGGAAGAAAAUGGGAUCACCAUUGGAACAAAUGCAAUGGUCUAUGUUGGCAGAGACACCAGACCAAGCAGUCCAUUCUUAGCUCAAGCAGCUAUUGAUGGUAUUAAGUCUGUUCAGGGAUGUGUUACUGAUUUUGGUGUGGUUUCAACUCCACAACUGCACUUCUUUGUCACUUGCCAGAACACUAAUAAAGCCUAUGGAGAGCCUAACGAAGAAGGAUACUUUAGCAAGAUUUCAUCAGCAUUUAAAGCUCUCAGAGGAUCAAACUAUGACAAUGGUUCUUACCAACAUAGUCUCAGUCUAGAUGGAGCUAAUGGUGUUGGAGCUUUAAAGAUGAAAGCAUUUCAAGAAUAUUUGGGCAAUUGCAUUGAAGUUACUAUUUACAACAGUGGAGAUGGAAAGCUAAACUAUCAGUGUGGAGCAGAUCACAUCAAAGUAUUGCAAAAGCCCCCACAGAAUAUGCCACUUGAAGUGGGUACAAGAGCUGCUUCAUUGGAUGGAGAUGCCGACCGCUUGGUUUAUUUCUAUCUUGAUACUCAAGGAAACUUUAAACUUCUCGAUGGCGAUAAAAUUGCCACUCUAGUCGCUGGUUACAUUAAAAAGCUGAUCAAAGAAAGUGGCGUGAACCUCAACGUCGGUUUAGUCCAAACGGCUUAUGCAAACGGCAGUUCAACUGAAUACAUUAAUAACACUUUGGGCGUUGAAGUAGCGUGUGUCCCGACUGGUGUCAAGUACCUUCAUCAUCGGGCUCUAGAGUUUGAUGUUGGUGUCUACUUCGAAGCCAAUGGGCACGGUACUGUAGUGUUCAGUUCAGCUGCGAUGGAAACGAUAAAAAAUGCUGCCGCUGACGAAAGUCUGCCUGCUGAACGUAUUGCUGCCGCCAAACAACUGUUCCUUCUGAUGGACGUGAUAAAUCAAACAGUUGGGGAUGCAAUUUCAGAUCUCUUAUUGGUAGAAACCGUGCUGCAUGCUUUCGGAUGGGGUGUUGCUGAAUGGGAUGCCGCCUACACUGAUUUACCGAACCGACAAAUGAAGGUUAGUGUGGCUGACCGCAAUGUUAUUCAGACGGCGGAUGCAGAGCGUCGCUGCACAGAUCCGCCCGGAUUACAGUCUGAAAUCGAUUCAAUUGUAGCGAAAUUUAACAAAGGUCGUUCCUUCGUCAGACCUUCCGGCACAGAAGAUGUAGUUCGAGUAUACGCAGAGGCGGAUAGUCAAGCCAACGCGGAUAAACUGGCACAUGAAGUAGCGCUGAAAGUUUACGAAUUAGCUAACGGCGUGGGUAAUGUUCCUUCACUGCCCAAAUAAAAAGUUGAAUAGUGCAGUAGACUCAAACAAGUUUAGAAAAAAGAUUUCCUCUUGCAUUUCGUCAUGCAAGACGUUGUUAUAGUUGAAUUGAUAUUUUAUAGCUCUCUAAAAUUUAGUUUUCACUUUUCAAAUACAUUCCAUUUCCCGCUU